UCAUCAUUUUAGGUGCAUGUAGCAUACUAAAGUUACCAUUAAAAAUAAUUUUGAUUUCAUUUUGGAUAGGAAGCAAUCCGAAAAAUCAGCUGAAAAACCUGAAUGCCUCGGAGGAACUUUCAGUAGCAGAGUGAAGUCAUCCUUUUGUAACAGAUAAGCAAAAUACAACGGACAGAUAAUUAGAAUAUAGACGAACCAGACAUAGGCAUUUAAAUAGAAUUUCUAAUCGACUUGAAGGCAUCGAAAAGCAAAGGAGUUCUCUAUGAUGUACGAGCCGUUGACGUUGCCUCCGAUUCGGAGGCCAAAGAAGUCGAAAAUAAAGUCUUCUGAAAUAAACAUGGAUCUGGAGGCCAUUCGAGCUAGGAGACUGAGACUGGAGGCCUUGACGCUGUCGAUGCGCAGUCGUUCACUGGAGCCGGGCACCCCCGUGGGUCGCAGCAACGUCCAUCAGCCGCGCACCGCUGCCUUCAGCGCCAGCAAAAUGACACGGCAGCAGAAGGAACCAAACUUAUCAGCUUCUAAAGGCAUCAGACUCGAGCCAUUGAACCGCGCCUCCCCCGACAUGGGGGCAAACGUGCUGGACAAGCAUCGGUCCAGCGACCCCCUCCUCGGCAGACGAGGCUCCGAUGGGGAGGCCUCCACCCCCAAGCCUGGCAGCCCCAGCGAGAACAUAUAUAACAGUUCUACACUUGACUAUGAAGAUCUAGGAAGACCACCUGAGGAAGCCGAGCCAGUAGAACCGGAGAUUCUACAGGACAGUGAGUUGCAAGACAUUUUGGAGCAGCUACGCAGCAGCAGCGAGAGCACACAGCUAGUGGGCGCAAGAGCGGCCCGAGAGCGCGUGUCCGAGACUGAGAACGAUUGUGUCGACCGCUAUAUCCGCGCCGGCAUACUGCCACUACUGCUUGCUCUUUUCCAUAAGGAUCACAACCCAGAACUGCAAUUCGAAAGCUUGUGGGCGAUCACUAACAUUGCCGCUGGUAGAAACGAACACACCAAGGCCGUUAUUGACGCUGGCGGUUUACCAGGAAUUUUGCGCCUGCUGUCGUCGCGGCUGGAGAAGGUGGCGUUGCAGGCGGUGUGGGCGGUGAGCAACAUCAUCGGCGACAACGCUGCCAUGAGGGACUAUGUCGUCGAGGCUGGCGUCGUCCCUAUCCUCAGCCAGCUCGUCCAUAGGUACCAGUCCGUGGAGGCUCAACGCAUCAUUUCGUGGACUCUGAGUAAUUUAUUAAGAUUUAAACCCGUCGGUAUGAAGGAUGAGGAGCGAAUUAUGUGCCUGAAAGCCCUGCAGCCUUACUUACAAGCUGACGACGCUGCGGUCAGAGUGGACGCAGCGCGAGGCAUAGAGUUUGCCAGCGACGGCAGUGACGCACAUAUUCGUCAGGUGUUGGAGCUCAAUGAGCUAUCGACGUUCAUCAGCUUCUUGGACAGCGCUGAUUACCGCCUAGUGCAAGUCGGGGCCAAGAUUAUCGGCAACAUCGUAUCCGGUGAUGACGAACUGACUGAGCAAGUUGUAAAGGCCGGCGCCAUCCCACCGCUCGUGGCCUUGCUGAGAGACGACGAAGAAGGCAUCCGCAAGGAGGCAGCUUGGGCUGUCUCGAACAUUCUCGCAGGAACAGCCGAACAAAUCAAGGAGGCUAUGAACGCUGGCGUCCUAGCCGAACUUCUUUACAUUUUGGAUGAUCCCGAAGAGACUUCGCAAGUAGGGCGCGAGGCCAGUUGGUGUCUGAGCAACAUAUGUAACGGGGGAGCUGACGAGACCAUCGACGAGCUCGUCACCGCAGGCACCAUCACCACCAUGCUCGACUACCACAAGAAAAACCGGCACGACAAGGACCUAACGACUCUCCUUCUGAUGGCGUGCAAAGAGGCCAUCAAGAGGACGACGCGGAUAGCAGCGCUGAAGGAAUCUUUAAACUACGGCGAGACAGAACAGCUACUCUCGCUCCUCAUAGACGAAGGCAACGAGAACGCGUUAGGGCUUUGGAAUGAGAUUAAGAGCAAAGUCUUCAAUAAAUCGUAACAGUU